AUGCGCAUUUCUCAUUAUUUUCUUCGCAAAGUGUUCAUCAAAGCACUCGGAUAUUCCGAAGAUGCGCUCUCGCGCCCGAUAAUUGGCAUCAUUAAUACAUUUUCGGGAUUCAAUCCUUGCCAUGCUAAUGUGCCGCAGCUUAUUGAGGCGGCUAAGCGUGGCGUGCAGCUUAAUGGCGGAUUGGCGAUAGAGUUUCCGACCAUAAGUGUUCAUGAAUCGUUUUCGUCUCCGACGAGUAUGUUUUUGCGGAAUCUUAUGAGUAUGGAUACGGAGGAAAUGAUCAAGGCGCAGCCAUUGGACGCUUGUAUUAUGAUUGGAGGCUGCGAUAAAACGGUUCCCGCACAGCUGAUGGGUGGAAUAUCUGCCAAUAAACCUAUUCUUCCUCUGAUUACCGGCCCUAUGAUGCCGGGUAGUCACCGUGGCAAGCGAAUUGGCGCAUGCACCGACUGCCGCAAUAACUGGGCCGCAUUCCGAGCGGGCGAGAUUGAUGUCGAGGAAAUCUCGGAAGUUAAUGAAGAACUUGCUCCAACGAUUGGCACAUGCGGCGUUAUGGGCACUGCUAGUACUAUGGCCUGUGUGACUGCAGCUCUGGGAAUGAUGCCCCUUCGCGGUGCAUCCGCGCCAGCAGUGUCAUCUGCAAGACUACGCAUCGCUGAAGAGACCGGUGCGAAUGCGGUAGCAGUGGCGAAAUCAUCCACAAAGCCACAGGAAAUUCUGACAAAGGAGUCAUUUUUGAAUGCUAUCACUGUACUCCAGGCUAUCGGUGGAUCUACGAAUGCCGUCGUUCAUAUUCUCGCCAUUGCGAACAGACACCCCCAGCUCCAAGGCGUGAUCACCUUGGAUACAUUCGAGGAAAUAGGAAAGAAGACACCGCUGUUGAUUGACUUGAAGCCAAGCGGUGACAAUUAUAUGAACGACUUCCAUAAUGCAGGGGGCAUGAUGGCGUUACUGCAGGUCCUACGACCAUUACUUCAUCUAUCUGCGAUGACGAUCACUGGAAAAACACUCGGCGAAGUCCUGGACUCAGUACCAACCAAGAAGUUCGCAUUUGAACAGGAUAUUAUCAGGCCAUUGUCAAAUCCUCUCUUCCCCUCGUCAUCUCUGGCCGUUCUACACGGCAAUCUCGCUCCCAACGGAGCAGUUCUCAAAGCAUCCGCCUCUAAAGACCGAAACCUACUCACACACACCGGGUCCGCCGUUGUCUUUGAGAAUUCAGCAGACUUGGCCCUGCGCAUCGAUGAUCCCGAUCUUGAGGUCACGAAGGACAGCGUCCUGGUACUCAAAGGUAUUGGGCCAAUUGGGAACCCCGGCAUGCCCGAAGCUGGACUCAUCCCGAUUCCAAAGAAACUCGCAUCUACAGGCGUGAAGGAUAUGCUGCGGUUAUCAGAUGGGCGGAUGUCAGGAACUGCAGGAGGAACUAUCAUCCUCCAUAUCUCCCCUGAAGCCGCGGUGCCAGAUUCCCCAUUCGGGAUCGUCGAAACAGGGGACUUGAUUACUUGCGAUAUUGAGAGUCGUCGACUCCACCUGCAUAUUUCCGAUGAGCUGUUGAAAUCUCGUAUCUUGCAGCGUAAACAGAUCCUUGAAGCUGACACUGGGCCGGUACAGGCGAGAAAGCAGAAGCGAGGCUAUCGUGGGUUGUAUGAGCGGUCGGUGAACCAGGCUCACGAGGGGACUGAUUUUGAUUUUCUUACAGCGAAUGGUCCUUCACUCGCAGGCUUCCUUACAAUGAGCUCGGAUGCUGUUCGCCCUCGAGGGCGCCCUGCCCGGACGACAGUCCUAACAUACACUCCCGAUGGAAAACGAAUCAUCACCGGUGGCUCGAACUCGGCUAUUCGCAUUUACACAGUUGAUGAAGAUGGAGAACCGCAGACCGUUGAUGAUGGCAUGGACGGGCAUGUGGGUGUUGCCGCGACGAACAAAUACUUCGUUAUGGGUAGCGAGGACGGCAAUGUCUGGCAGUAUGAUGCAGCUACAGGCAAGUCGGGGCCUAUCCUGACAAGAUGCGCCCUGCCAAUCCGUGAUCUUGCUCUGUCUAGAGAUGGAGAGUGGGUGGCAGUGGCAAGCGAUGAUCUCACCGUGAAGAUCGUCAAGGUCGAAGACAUGUCGCAAAUCAAGUACCUCCGCGAACAACAAAAAUCCGCAAAGCACGUCACUUUCGAUCCCAACGGCCGCUUCAUUGCCGUAUCCAGCACAAACGGUCUUCUCUAUAUCUAUUCCCUGGCUGAGGAGGAGCCUGCGCUGGUCCACAAACUUGAUGGGGUGAUUCGCCAACUCGAACCGGAGUCCGAGGCAACAUCGAGAGCUGUAUGGCACCCCGAUGGCACAGCCUUUGCCGUUGCAGAGGCAACCAGAGAUGUUGCUAUCUACUCUAUUUCUUCAUGGAAGAAGGAAAAGACGUUCGCCAACGGACACACUGGUGAAAUUACCGCGAUUAGCUGGUCCCCCAAUGGAGCUCUUUUGGUCUCGGCUGGAGCUGACAAACAAAUCGUGCUCUGGGAGACCAAGACUCAGAAGAUCGUGCAGCGAUAUGACUUUGGAAAUGUCAUCAACAUCGCCUGGCACCCUACCAAGAAUUCUCUGUCCUUCACAACCUCCGACGGUGAACUCUUCAUUCACGACAAUUUCGUCCCAAAGAGCCAUGAAGCUCAACUCCAGAAAGCCCUACAGGCGGCUCCUAUAUUCCCCGGGCCAUUGACUGAAAUCUCCAACAAUCUACCUCACACAUUGGCAGAUAGGUCUAGGGAAACAGUCAAGAAGCCGACCCGAGCUGGAACGCCCGAUUCAUUGGAUGAUAUUCUUGGCGGGGAUGAGGACAUGGAAGAUUUUGUCGAGGAUGAUGAUGGAGCUGGCUAUGCUGAGGAUUUGAACUUGCAUGGAAAGCGGUCAAAUGGCCAUCUUGAUGACCUUGAUGGUCCUGGCAGCAAGCGUUUGCAAUCGGGGGCUGUUCAGCCCAAAUGCCACCCGCCGCUUCAGCCUGGUAGUACGCCAUGGGCUGGCAACAGGCGGUAUCUCUGCUUGAACUUGACUGGUGCUGUCUGGACCGUUGACCAGGAAACACACCACACGGUUACUGUGGAGUUUUAUGACCGGGAGCUUCAUCGGGACUUCCACUUUACCGACCCUUAUCAAUACGACAAAGCAUGCCUGAAUGAUAACGGUACGCUUUUCUCUAAUAAUCCGUCUGACGGUAGUCCUGCGACAAUUUUCUAUCGGCCGCAUGAGACUUGGACAACUCGAGCAGACUGGCGUACUCAAUUGCCCGAGGGAGAGAUGGUCCGAGCUCUUGCGCUCAGCGAGUCCUAUAUUGUUGCUGUCACGACCAAGGGCUACGUACGAGUGUACACCCUCUUUGGCACGCCCUUCAGGGUGUAUCGCCAGAAGAGCCAGGCCGUGACAUGCGCCGCUUGGCGGGACUACAUCAUGACCAUUGGUAAUGGAUCCGUAUCAGCCGAUGGUCGGUAUGCAACAUUGCACUACACCAUUGAGAACGUCAAGCGGGAUGAGAUCUGUCAAAAUGAAGACGUGGUUGCUCUACCCCCUGGAGCUCAACUACAAAGUGUAUUUUUCACCGACACUGGUGAUCCCUGUGUCUACGAUUCAACCGGUGUACUGGUCGUCCUUCAACAUUGGCGCACGCCCGGACAAGCCCGAUGGGUUCCCCUUCUAGAUACGAAACAGAUGUCCCGUCUCGCAGGUGGGCGAAAGGAAGAAACCUACUGGCCUGUCGCCGUUGCCCAAGGAAAAUUCCACUGUAUCAUUCUCAAGGGUGGCGACAGAAACCCAUACUUCCCCCGUCCGCUACUUAGCGAGUUUGAUUUCCAACUGCCCAUUUCCAGCAACCCGCCCAAGGAUCCCGAAGAAGGAGCCGACGGCGACCAAGGCAGCCGUUUCGAGGAAGGCUUUGUUCGGGGAAGCCUGCUUCUGUCACUAUUUCGCGACCUUCUGGCAUCAACCAAUGCCACCUCUGGCCAACGUGCGGAGUUGGCGCGCAAGGAAUUGGAUCUUGACAAGACUCUGCUGCAGAUGCUGGCCAUUGAAUGCAGAGAAGGAGAAGAACGUGGUAUGAAGGCACUGGAACUUGUAAAUCUCAUGACCGAUCGCAAUGGCAAGAUGGUUGAGGCCGCGGCCAAGGUUGCUGAGCGCUUUGGACGCGGUGUGUUGGAGGAUAAGAUUCGCGACUUGGCUGAGCGACGAGUGAGUGGGAUGGAAGAUGAUGAUGAUGAAUUGGCGUGA